UUGUCAUUAAUCAACAUAACCUUUAUUUAUUUCAGUUUAUUUCAAUCGUAUUUAUAAUAUUGAUAUGGGAUUUGUACGUUGUGUAAUAAAGCAUAUUUUUUAAUAACAAUUGAAAUAGAAUAUAUUUUUUGUUUUUUUUUUUUUUUUCUGAAAUUAAGAGAAAAUAUCAAUUAUCUUUUACAUUAAAAGAAAGCUUGUUAAUAAAUGGUAAUGGAAGAUUUUAUACCAACCAAAGUUUCGAAAGUAAAAAAAGAUGCAGUUAAAGAUUUUUUUUCGGCUACUUACAUAGCUCCAAAGAAAACAUCGAAAUCGUCGAAUGAUAUCGAUAAAAAAGAUGAAGUAGACGUAGAGACUGAUAAUAGGGACAAGUUUUCUGAUCCAAAAGGUAAUUCGCAGCUAGAUCGAAGGAAGCAACAAGAAUUGGAAAUGAAAAAGGCUAGAUACGAUGUUAUCAAGUUUGGUAUAUCCGGUUUCGAAAGUUCUAAGGCCAAAGAAGCAAAAGUAGAACUAGCAAUAAGAUUAGGUGCAAAACCUCCAAAAAAUAAAAGUUUAAAUUAUAAAGUUUUGAAAGAUGAAAGGAAAAAAGAAGCUGAAGCAGCAAAAAACAAAGAACCGAUAUCAGGACUUAGUAAAAGUUUAAUGAAACAUAAAAGUAGGACAAAACAAAAGAAAAAUUCGGGUAUUUUAGGAAUGUAUGGAAAAGUACACAAAGAUGCACUUGUUAAAAAUAAGAAGUAGAUUUAUAACCAUAAACAUUUAAAAUAUCUUUUGUUAACUCAUCGUUGUCAUUAUAACAUCAAUCAUCUAUGUCUAACAACGUCCUCUAUAUAUUGUAUAUUAUGUAAGAAGAAUAACGAGUAAUAAAAUAAUAUUUUUAUGUA